UACAUUUUAAAAUAUACAUGCCCCCUUUUGAUUUCGCUUGAUCCAUGGAGUAUGAUCAUUCUAUAAGAAAAACAACGCAAUAUUCACGUCCCAUUGACUUUGUACCGAGCACUCAAAAGUCGCUCUCAUUGGUGAGUCCAUCGGCUGCCGGAGCCAGUGGUGAUCAAGUAGCCAGUCUUUACAAUUCGAUCGUCAGCUGCAGCAACACUCAAGAUACCCAGUCCAACACAAAUGCCCAUGUUCCAACUACAGUAAAAAAAGAAGAAGGGCAGCAAGACGACGAAGAAGAUGAAAAGAUUCGUUGUCACGACUGUGAACUGGAUGUACCGAUCGCUUCACUAGAACAGCAUUUACGAGGCAUUGCGCACAGGACAAGCAGCAGCACAACCACACCAACCGAAUUUCUAGCGCUGAACGGCAGCAACGUUGGGUUUCGACUAUUAAAAUCACAAGGUUGGAAGUAUGAUCAAGGGUUAGGCCCCGAAGGCGAAGGAAGACGCCAUCCGAUCGCCACAGCUUUAAAACAAGACACGCUUGGAUUGGGUCAUGGCGAGUCGAAGCGUAAACGUGUGACGCAUCGAUAUGAAGAGGUUGAGGAACAUUAUCGAAACAAAAAGCCAGAGGCCAAGGCCAGACCGUCUGGCAAGGUGAUGGCCAGACAAGCCAGGAAGGAUUCACAAAAGCGUGUUGCCAUGUUGCAUUAUUUGAAUAACUAGAGUAAAAAUA